UUUAUCCGGCUCUGCAUCGUCUCGUCGUGUGAGCAACGAUGGCUAGCACUGGUGCAAAACAAGCGCCUAAAAUUGUCUCCAAAACUUCUGCGGGAGGCACCGGGGCGGCGGGGGCUAGUGGUGGGCCCCCGAUAAUGCCCCUCGCCUCUCCGCUCAUGGGGAAAAAGAAAAAGCCGUUUCUAGGGAUGCCUGCUCCGCUGGGUUACGUUCCCGGUCUCGGCAGAGGUGCCACUGGUUUCACCACCCGAUCUGAUAUCGGUCCUGCUCGUGAUGCUAAUGAUCCAGUGGAUGACCGGCAUGCACCCCCUGGAAAGAGGACGGUCGGGGACCAAAUGAAAAAGAACCAGGAUGAUGAUGAUGAAGAUCUGAAUGACACCAACUAUGAUGAGUUUAAUGGUUAUGCAGGUAGCUUGUUCUCAAGUGGGCCCUAUGAGAAAGAUGAUGAGGAAGCCGAUGCUAUAUAUGCAGCGCUGGACAAGAGGAUGGAUGAAAGACGCAAAGAAAGAAGGGAGCUGAGAGAAAAGGAGGAAAUUGAGAAAUACCGUAUGGAGCGACCAAAAAUUCAGCAGCAGUUCUCAGAUUUAAAGAGGAAGCUUGCAGAGGUGUCAGAGGAGGAAUGGCUGAGCAUUCCUGAAGUGGGAGAUGCCAGAAACAAGCGCCAGAGGAAUCCCCGCUAUGAGAAGCUCACCCCUGUCCCCGACAGCUUCUUCUCCAAACAUUUGCAGAGUGGAGAGAACCACACCUCUGUUGACCCAUUGCAAGGGCUGGGAGGUCUGAACACACCUUAUCCAGGAAGCAUGACACCUGGUCUGAUGACACCAGGGACCGGAGAACUGGAUAUGAGGAAAAUUGGUCAGGCCAGAAACACACUCAUGGAUAUGAGGCUCAGUCAGGUGUCUGACUCAGUGAGUGGACAAACAGUAGUGGAUCCCAAGGGUUACUUGACAGAUCUUAACUCUAUGAUCCCCACUUAUGGAGGAGACAUCAGUGACAUCAAGAAGGCUCGUCUGCUGCUGAAAUCAGUGAGGGAAACAAAUCCCCAUCACCCACCUGCCUGGAUUGCUUCUGCCAGGCUGGAGGAGGUGACUGGGAAGUUGCAGGUGGCCAGAAACCUGAUCAUGAAAGGCACAGAGAUGUGUCCGAAGAGUGAGGAUGUGUGGCUGGAGGCUGCCAGGCUCCAGCCUGGUGACACAGCUAAAGCCGUGGUAGCCCAGGCUGUCCGUCACCUUCCACAGUCUGUGCGCAUCUAUAUCAGAGCUGCAGAGCUGGAGACAGACGUCAGGGCUAAGAAACGAGUCCUCAGAAAGGCGCUGGAAAAUGUAUCCAAGUCAGUUCGACUGUGGAAGACAGCUGUUGAACUGGAGGAACCAGAGGAUGCCAGGAUCAUGCUUAGCAGAGCUGUGGAGUGUUGCCCUACAAGUGUGGAGCUCUGGCUGGCACUGGCCCGGUUAGAGACAUAUGAGAACGCUCGUCGUGUCCUGAACAAAGCUCGAGAGAAUAUCCCCACCGAUCGCCACAUCUGGAUCACUGCUGCGAAGCUGGAGGAGGCCAAUGGGAACACUCAGAUGGUCGACAAGAUCAUUGACCGAGCCAUCACUUCUCUGCGUGCCAAUGGUGUGGAGAUCAACAGAGAACAGUGGAUACAGGACGCAGAGGAGUGUGACAAAGCAGGUAGUGUGGCUACCUGCCAGGCCGUGAUAAGGGCUGUCAUAGGGAUUGGAAUUGAGGAGGAGGACCGCAAACACACCUGGAUGGAGGAUGCCGAGAGUUGUGUGGCCCAUGGGGCACUGGAGUGUGCCAGAGCCAUCUAUGCCCAUGCUCUCCAAGUAUUCCCAAGUAAAAAAAGUGUCUGGCUUAGAGCUGCCUACUUUGAGAAGAACCAUGGCACCAGAGAGUCCUUGGAGGCUUUACUUCAGAGGGCUGUGGCUCACUGCCCCAAAGCAGAGGUAUUGUGGCUAAUGGGUGCCAAGUCCAAGUGGCUUGCUGAGGAUGUGCCAGCAGCCAGAAGUAUCCUUGCUCUGGCCUUCCAGGCUAACCCAAACAGUGAAGAGAUCUGGCUUGCUGCUGUCAAACUGGAGUCAGAGAAUAAUGAGUAUGAAAGAGCCCGUCGACUGCUAGCCAAGGCCCGCAGCAGUGCACCAACAGCCAGGGUGUUUAUGAAGUCAGUAAAAUUGGAGUGGGUGUUGGGAAACAUAGAAGCUGCCCAGGAGUUGUGCACUGAGGCCCUGAAGCACUACGAGGACUUCCCUAAGCUUUGGAUGAUGCGAGGCCAAAUCGAGGAGCAGUGUGAAAAUAUGGAUAAAGCUAGAGAGGCCUAUAACCAAGGGUUAAAGAAGUGUCCCCACUCUGUGCCACUGUGGUUGUUGCUGUCACAUUUGGAAGAGAGAGUGGGACAGCUGACCAGAGCCAGAGCAAUCCUCGAGAAGGCACGGCUCAAGAAUCCCCAGACCGCUGAGCUGUGGCUGGAGUCAGUCAGAUUGGAGUACAGGGCUGGACUGAAGAACAUUGCCAACACGCUGAUGGCCAAAGCCCUGCAGGAAUGCCCAAAUUCAGGUACCCUGUGGGCUGAGGCAGUGUUUUUGGAGGCCAGGCCCCAGAGGAAGACGAAGAGUGUGGAUGCUUUGAAGAAGUGCGAACAUGAUCCACACGUCUUGCUCGCUGUAGCCAAGUUGUUCUGGAGUGAGCGUAAGAUCACCAAAGCUAGAGAGUGGUUCCUCAGGACCGUAAAGAUUGAGCCGGAUCUGGGGGAUGCUUGGGCUUUCUUCUACAAGUUUGAGCUGCAACAUGGCACAGAGGAGCAGCAGGAAGAGGUGCGAAAACGCUGUGAGAAUGCAGAGCCCCGUCAUGGAGAGCUGUGGUGUGCCGAGUCCAAACAUGUACUAAACUGGCAGAAGAAGACAGGAGAGAUCUUAGCACAGGUAGCCAGCAAGAUCAAGAACACAUUCUGAGAGUGGGGAAAUUUGGACUGAAAACACCUGGAGGACUCUGGCAGUCACCAGUAUAGAAGUGAACAAAUAUUGACAUGCUUAUUCUGUACCAGGACUUGCCCAUCUCUGGCAGAUUUAAAGUAUUUACGCACGCCCUUACAUUUUUUUGUUGUUGUAUGUGUCAGGAGAAAGUAAUGAUUUGACGUCAAAAUGACGAAAUCUGUGGAUGUUUUAAAAAAAAAAAAAAAAAAAAAAAGUGACUGAUGGUUACCCUCUUCAUCCUGAUAUGCAGUAAGGAGAUCUUUGGCUGCGAUGUGAGAUUUUUGUGGAUACCUUUUUGAUCUGUCUGUGUGUAUGGGGUUUCAAGGUGUGGCCUCAGCUAUUGUUGUGAUUUGGCUUCUUUGUUAAAAUCCUUGUCUUAUCCUCUCCUAAAAGUGCUAGAACAGUACUCUUAGGUGUCCUCUCGGAUUUCACAGCAUUUUUCUGUUAUUAUUUAAACCUCCAGAGUCAUGCUCUGCUUGAUGUUGAUGAUCAGAGGUGGUGUGUUUUGUUUUGUUUUGUUAAAACAUUGAAUUUUUUUAGCUUCAGGUCCCACACGCCUUCUGGCAAAUAAUACAUUGUUUUCCCUUUGCAACUCUGCUGUGAAGAUGCAGCCGAUGAAUCAUCUAGUAAGCAGCUGUCGCAUGUGCAUUGAAUAAUUAAAGAGAAAAACACCCAUUCUAGUGAUUCAUUCAUUCCUAAAUCCACCUUUUUAGCACAUUACUGAGUAUAAAAGGUUACUUUCAGGUUUAUGAAAUAAAUGAUUAUGUCAUAGUAAGUCUGCCGUUCUCUUCUCUUUGGUUUAGAGUUAUGCAGAGUGUCUCCCAUCUUCUUUACUGUUAAUCCCUGCUGUUAUUUUAUAGUUCUGCCGUGUUGGAUCAUUCAGCAUAAUCUAAAUUUUAAUAUGCAUUACCACAGAAUUCUUCCAAAGGUUUAUUUGUCCGCCUAGUUCAGCUAACAACCUGACUAACCUUACCGAUGUUGAUCAGAUAUUACUGUCUGCACUCCCAUUGGUCAGUGUUGGUAUUCUGCUUGUUAGGCAGAAGAAGGGCAACAAAAGAUAAACAGGGCAGGCUAUAAUAGCUUUGUGGAGUUGGAAUAAUUAAAACAUUACCGGUAACAUUCAGCUGUGUGUACAAGUAGGAAAAUGGCAGUUUUUUGUUACUAAAAAUGUAACAAAAGCUACAGUUAUAUAAUCAAUAUGGACUUAAAGGACAGACUUAUAAACUUUAAUUCAAGGGGUCUCCAAUACCACUGAUGAGUUAGAGCUGGUCCAAUGUUUUUACAGUGUUACAGUUUUAUUUAUUACUUUGUUUUGUGAGCUGCUUCUAUUUUUUUUUCUUCACAAGUUAAUGCGGUAAAAGGUCGUGAGAUGUUUCCAAGUGACAUGUUUGGAAAGCAGCUGUGAACCACAACAUGCCAUCAAAAGAGCUCUUAAGUACAAGUGUAACAGACCAAAUAUCAGCUGCAAAACAAGAAAAAACACAGCUCCUUCAGCGUGAUAGCGAGUGCAUUAGAGAGACCAAAUCAUUUAGACAGGAAAAAAACAAAACCAAGGCACUUUGCAACAUAACAAAGUCCACAUUUCCAUGGAUGACAACACCGGUGGAUGAUCCUGGGAUCCUUUCCAUUGUAAAUGGAGCCCGACUGAUAUUUAGGACGAUACUGAUAUUUGGUUAUUUUAAAAAAUAUGAUAUUGCGAUAUAUUUGUCGAUAUCUUUUUUUUUUUUUAAGAAGACAUAAAAUAAAACAUAAACAUUUGUUACGUGUACUUUUUUUAUCCCCUGCCCGAAGCUGCACGGAUCAGCUGGUUGUUGCGUUUGGUCAGUUGCGAAUAGGGAAGUUGCAGAGUGCCCUCUGGUGGACGACCUAUGCAAUACCAACACCCACAACAUGGUUGAAGGGCGUUUCUCUCUUCUCUGUCAUUUAUGAGCUGUUACAAAUGCAGAUACCAGUAGACUGGCAUACAGCUAAGUCAGUCGGGCUCUAAUUAUAAGGAUACAGAGGGUUAACUACAAGGUUCAAACCAUACCUGAAAGUAAAAGGAAAGAUUAGACUUUGCCAGAGCAGUUUGGAAACACCAUUCUUUAAACAAAUAAAACUGACAUCAACCUUUACUGGAAUGACAGGACAAAAAAAGAUUGGCACAGCCAUCCAUUGGCUCAUAACUCAAGCAUACAGCAUCUAAUAAAAAAAAAUGGACUGUAGACAGUAUGAUGCACAGACACGCAUGCUUUCCAGUUUCACUAGUCACUAGUGUUGUGAUGACACAAGGCAGAAAGAGUCAUGAAAAACUUAAAUGUUGGGCUAAACACCACAAAGUAGGAAACUCAUUCCACGUUAAUUUAUUAAGUGACAUUCUAGCUGCUGAAAAUAAGUGACUGUGAAAGAUGGUUGUGAUUUUUCAACAGUUUAUGCAAUAUUUUUGUUUAACUCAAGCUGAGAGUAUGUACUUAACGUCCAUAUUCACUCUGUCACAAUUGAAUUUGUUUUUGUGAAAUCUUUAAAUGAGAAAACAUAUUCUCUGGUGUGUUGACAAGCACUUAUUUUGCUUUCAUGCUGCUUGAUCUGUUCAUCAUUCUUUAGCUGCCUGUGACCAGCCAUUUCAAGAGAAGUUAAGUCAUCUCACAGCAAAGCAGCACUCUGUCAGCUGGAUUUGGCACACAUGAGAAUUCUGUUAACUAAUUAUAUUCAUAUGUCGCAUUGAAGGUGGUAAAAAUGUACUAUUAAAUCAAAAA